UUUUGAUUGGAUAGAAAAAAGAAUCUUUUUUUUCCUCUUGCAAAACUAAAACAAGAUGGCGUCCUCCAUGGGAUUUAUUUUGGGGCUCAGCUGUUCGGUGUAUUUUUAUGCUGUUAUAGUCGUGGGGAUUUCGACAGAAGAUGAAUUUGAAGGCUCUAGAACCUUACCAAUUGAGCACUCCUUUUCAUCUGGUACAAAAGAUUUCACCAAACAUGGCACCAUAAUCAUUCAAUCAUUGAAAGGAAAUAAAGCCCAGUUCACACCUGGGUCGAUUCUUACUUCCAAAGAAAUAGAACUGCUGCGAUCUGCAGCCAAAACAAAUGGACUCUACAGAGUGCGGAUACCUACAAAAGUCAGCGGAGAUAACACAGUCUAUGUCUCCGCAGCCACCAAAGCGUGUAGCAUUUUAGAGUCUGGGCUUGAAGAGGAAAUCACAAUCAAUUUUGACCAGUCUGGUGAGGUCCUGGGAGUAAGUGUUGGAACCAAGAUCCCGGCAUGCACAGGUCUUGAUGUACCAGAUGCCAACCUAACAACUUGGAAAACUGUUGUAGAAAUAGCCAGCACAGUGUCAGGGCCCAUUCCUGAUACCCAGACGUACAUUGAGAAAAUUAAACGAGAUGAGCAAGAAAAGCUGAAAAACCAAGAUGGAGAUAACCGUUCCUUUUUAGGCAAAUAUUGGAUGUACCUGGUGCCUCUGAUUAUCAUGAUGGUCAUCAUGUCUUCUGCAGACCAGCAAGGUCAAGGUGGUGGCGGCGGACGUUAAUUACAGACAUGGUGGUAGUUCCUCGACUGUUUGGCUUCAUGUCAGUGUGUGUGUGUGUGCGUAUGUUUGGCUACGUGUCUGUGUGUGUGUGAAAGAUGGGAAUAUUUCCAAUGCCUGCCAUUGUUAAUGUCAACUUUAGUGUGCGUCUAGAAUUGAGAAGGUUUACUGUCAAGAUAGAAUUACAAAGUAUAAUCAGGACUGUCUCUAGUGGGGUCUGUAUGUCUAGAAUGUGGUACCAAAAACAAAAACUUAGAGAGAAAAAAAUGUUUGAUACACAAUUUUCCGUCGCUUCUAUUUUGACUAGUGCGUUUGCACUUUGGGAACUAGAUCUAUUUAAAAUGAGUACAAUGGAACUCUACGGGAGAAACUUGACCGAGGUCUUGCGUGUCAUACGUUGUUAUACAGUUCACGCAGUUUCAUUGGUUGCAUCACUAGAGGGUGAAAUGCAAGGAUUCGUAAACAUCUAUUCUAUUAAACUAAUCAACAACCCCCCCCCCCCCUUUUCCCGUGGAGCUCACAUCCAAUUGUGUUAGAACAAAUGAAAGUAAAGACUCUGACCCAAAGUUAACCCUUUGCUCUAUCCAUUUAAGGGAUAGUGUGAAAAUGGCUUUGUUUCAUAACAUUAGACACCUGAAAGUGCAAGGGUUAACACCGCUGAGAGGCUGGUUAAACGGAUGACAAAUGUGCGUGCUGAAUGAAGAUAAAUGAAAUCUUGUGGGAGAAACAACCUCGAACCCCCCACCCUCCCCCUGCCCCCCCCCUUUAAACAAUACAUGGGCUGAUGAAAAUGUUGAUGUUAUUGUGUCCAAGGAAAAAAAUCUGCGAGCAAUUUGGUGACGUAAUGGUUCUAAAAUUAGCUCCGUACAUGUGCUGGGAGUGUCACGAAGUGAAUAUUUGAAUAUUUGGGGGUUGACUUUUUAUGUUUUUUAAAUAAAUUUUUACUUGGAUUCAUUUUUGUUGUUUCAUGUAUUUAUUUCUGAAUGUUUUUGUGUGUCUUGAUAUCAACGUGAAAUAAAACAUGUUACUCUGGUCA